UAUAGAUAGCGGCGAUCGCGGAGAGAGUAAAGGAAAGGGAAAUGGGGAAACGAGAGAAGAAGCAGAGACACCAACAAAAACACCAUCGUCGAUCAGUCUUUCACGACCCUGAAGAAGACGAAGGUGACUAUAGCCUCCCUUCCUCAGCCUUCUCUUCCAAGAUGACUAACUCCGAUGACGAAGACAACGAUGAGCAAGAAACAGAAAAUGAUGAUGAAGUUGAGGGAAAAGACGAAACUGAAGGAUACCCAUUAACGGAAACGCCCUCAAAAUUUCUUCUUUACCAACAAUCCGUGCAGUCGCCAAAAGGAGAUAUCAGCUAUUUGCAGAAGUUCUUUCUGGUGUAUGUGGGUGGGAGAUUGCCCCUCCACUUCCAAGAAGAUUUUUGCGGUACCGCACUUCUUAGUACAGAAUGGCUCCGUAGUGACCCUAGAAGGACCGCUGUAGGAUUGGAUUUGGACCUAGAGGCACUGCAAUGGUGCAUGGAGAACAACAUAAAUAAAGUUGGGGCUGAUGGGUAUUCCAGAAUAACCCUUUUUCAUGGAAAUGUUCUGGAUCCACUUGAGGCCAAAUUGGUUGAAUUUAAGCCUCAUGAGGUGAUAAGGAACAUUUCAUUGAAAGAGAACAAAGUUGGCUCCAAGAAAGUUGCACCGGAAUCUUCUGUUUCAGAGGGGUCUACAUCCGCAGCUAGUGAUAAAAACAUGAGGGAUUUAUUGCUGCCUGCUAGAGACAUCGUUUGUGCUUUUAACUAUAGCUGUUGUUGUCUUCACACACGUGUGGAACUGGUUUCGUAUUUCAAGCAUGCUCUUGAGGCCUUGUCCAAGAAAGGUGGUAUAUUUGUGAUGGAUUUAUAUGGUGGGACAUCAUCAGAACAGAAGUUAAGGCUUCAGAGGAAAUUUGCCAAUUUUACGUAUGUUUGGGAGCAAGCCGAAUUCGAUAUCAUUGAGCGCAAGACAAAGAUCAGUCUCCACUUUCAUCUCCAAAAGCAACAGAAGAAACUACGGCACGCAUUUUCAUACAGCUGGAGACUGUGGUCGUUGCCCGAGAUCAAAGACUGCUUACAAGAGGCUGGGUUUCGAUCUGUCCAUUUUUGGCUCCGGCAGAUGCCCGAUACGGGAGAAAACAGAAGUACCGUUGGUUUUGGUGCUGGGAGAGACAUAAAAUAUGAAGAGAUGAAACACUUUGAACAACAAGAUGCUUGGAAUGCAUAUAUUGUAGGUGUUAGAUAGCACCGUACUUCCAAGUAACUAAUCUUUCAGGUGAAAUUACUUUUGUCGCUGUAUUUUUCCCGUAAAAGAAACUAGAAAAUUCUCCCAACUCCCGGAGUCGAUGACAGAUUUUUAGGGCAUGUUUUUUUGUCCAAAAAACUCAAAAAAAGAUAACUCGAGUUUCAAUUUUAUUCAA